AUGGUUCAGACGCAUUUCAUUAAGGCCAAAAAGGGUUAUAGUGCCUGUCUGGGAGGUCGCGCUCGUCUUUGGAGAUCUUUGGAGAGACUGACAGAGUUCUUACUCUUGACAUCCUGCGGUAGCGAUAGUCUUAUCAACGGUUGUCUGAGGCAGAGACUGUUGGAUGGGAUGAGCAGGAGGGGAAGAAGGCUGUCUGUAGAGCAUGGUGCGGGUGAAGCGGCUUCGGCUGCGGCCGCGCACGAGCGCACACUCAGGCCUCGGCCACAACCAAGGGCCACUGCACUGCGGUCCGGGUAUGCUACGACACUUCAGAUUUCUUUGGCCUCAGAAUGCGACCUGGCUGCAACGAAUUCUCGCCUUCCUCCGGAUUCCAUGGUAGAAGCUGAAGAAGCUAUAUUUCCUCAGUAUGCACGAACUCUCGAAGCAAGUUCCACUUACAUACGAUGCCGAAACUUUAUUCUUGCUCUUUGGCUACGGAAUCCGGUGAAAUAUCUCGAGUACACGCGCGUGGCUGAAGUGGCAUCUAUUCAAGGCCGGCUAGUCAAUAUAUGGAACUCGCCGGUCCUUAGAGAUGCUUAUGAAUUUCUGCAGAGGUACCGAUAUAUCAACUUUGGCAUUCUGCCUCUUUCUCCCCAGCCAUCCUCGAAGCAGAGUCCGCGCAUUAUCGUUAUCGGGGCGGGAAUCGCAGGCCUGAGUGCAGCGCGCGAGCUUUUAAACUUGUAUAGACAUCAUCCAACCGAAGCACAACCGGUGAUAACAGUCCUAGAAGGCCGAAAGCGGGUCGGUGGCCGGAUUUUUACCUUACCGCUUCAUACCAGAGCCCAAGGGGAAGAACAUCCAUCUGGUGUAGAUCUUGCUGCCCAGAUAGUGACUGGGUUUGAAGACGGGAAUCCACUAGAUGUCAUUAUUAUGAAGCAGUCACAACUGCCCGUUCACUUUCUCUACAAUGCGAACGAAUGCCAGCUGUAUGAUUACAAUGGUGAAGCUGUGGAUCAGCGUGUUGAUAUGAGAUGCGAAGAGCUCUUUAACGAGAUACUGGAGCAAGCAUGUCAUACGGUCAUGGAAGACGGCAGACGCUACGUCGUCACUGGUCCCCGUGUGCGAACAUCCACAAAGACACCGGCCGAUAUCCCACGGCUACCUUUACCUUCCCUUGGAGAGAUGUUUGACUAUCAUCUCAGCCGACAUCCCAAGCGCGUCAUGCUUCGACCAUUGGAUUGGCGACUUAUCAAUUGGCAUAUUGCGAAUCUCGAGUUCGCGAACGCUGCAUCCAUUGAUCAACUUAGCCUAUAUAACUGGGACCAGGCAAGUCAUCUUGGUCAGAAAAUAGGCGGCGGCUGCUUUGUGGCGUCUAUUGAGACAUCAUACCCUUCGCACCAGCACGGAUUUGAAGGAGACCAUGCCAUGAUUCCGGGAGGAUACGGACAAGUUCCACACGCAUAUGCGUUUGGGAUGGACUCAGAGCACGCGGUUUUGGAUAUCAAGUUCGAAAAAACUGUCGACCUAGUCUCAGUGGACCCUGUCACUGGAGAAGUUACAGUGGAGUGCGCGGAUGAAAGCUUGUAUCAAUGCGAUGCGUUGGUAAUGACUGUACCAUUAGGGAUACUCAAAAGUAACAGUAUCGUCUUCGACCCGCCUCUUCCAGCGUGGAAACGGGGUGCCAUUGACCGGCUUGGCAUGGGGUGGUUCAAUAAAGUUAUCCUUGUUUUUGAACGCCGCUUCUGGCCGGCAGAUAUGGAUAGCUUUGGCGCGUUAUCGGAACCUGAAGACCGUUCAGACUCGACCGGCGGCCUUCCGGCAUAUACGGCGGUUAGAGGACGAUUCUUUUUGUUUUGGAACGUCGACGAUUUGAAUUUAUACCCGACAACGCGACUUCCCGUUCUAUGCUCUUUCAUUGCAGGGGAAGCGGCCGUCGAGAUGGAGGCCGACGAUGAUGAGACAAUAGUUAAUAAGGCUAUGACCGUCCUUUCGCGUAUCUUUCCUUAUGAGCAUCCCCUUCCCCCUGUUGUCGAACAAGUUGUGACCCGAUGGAGUCGAGAUGAGUUCGCUCGAGGCAGCUAUUCCUAUGUCGCGAAUGGUGCCUCAGGAGACGAUUAUGACCAUCUUGCUAGACCGACGCAUGGAAACAUUUUUUGGGCGGGCGAAGCGACAUGCCGUCAGCACCCGGCAACCGUCCACGGUGCACUUUUAUCGGGUAUGCGCGUUGCGCAGGAAGUUGGCGACCUGUUCCUAGGCCCUCUCCAAGGCAACUCAAUAUAG